AUGGAUACUCAGAUCGAAGCUUCUACCUCGACUUUACCGCCUGUAGAGGAGGUACCCCUUUCCCUCGACGAGUAUAUUAGGUAUGGUAGACAGAUGAUCAUGCCUGGAUUUGGUCUUCCUGCCCAGCUCAAACUCAAGAAUGCCAAAGUAGCAGUAGUUGGUGCUGGUGGACUGGGUUGUCCGGCACUUCAAUACCUCGCUGCAUCAGGAGUAGGAACAAUCGGUAUUUUCGAUCAUGAUACAGUCAGUUUAAGUAAUUUACAUCGUCAGAUACUCCAUACGACGGAUAGAGUGGGUAUGAACAAGGCUGAAUCUGCUUGUAUAACGUUAUCCGCGAAUAACCCAAGUGUCAAUCUCAUUCCUCAUCCCGUACCUAUAACGCCCUCAACAGCCAUAUCCCUCUUGCAGCCCUACUCAAUCCUUGUCGAUUGUACCGACCGACCACUCACCCGAUACCUCCUAUCCGACGCUUCCGUACGACUGGGUAUAACGUUAGUGUCCGGCGCGGCGAUCUCCUCAGCAGGACAGUGGGCAGUAUAUGGUGGAUCUACGAAGGCAGGAAAGCGAAGAGCGUGCUAUAGGUGUAUCUGGCCGAGUGUAUUACCUGGUUCAGGGGGUAAAUGUGAGGAAGAGGGAGUAUGGGGUGUUGUGACUGGUUUAAUAGGAACAGGAAUGGCAGGGGAAGUAAUAAAACUUAUAACAGGGAAGGAAGAUCAAGAACCGUUACUACACCUUCAUCAUCUCUGUUCGAACCCAUUAAUACGGACGAUACGUAUGAAAGGUCCUUCACCCAAAUGUAUAGCCUGUGGACCGUCUGCGACGAUCACAGAUGAUCUGAAUGUAUAUGGAUACGAGUCGUUCUGCGCAGGUGCGAUGGGACCUGAAGUCGAUGAGGAAACGGGACUAGUGGAAGGACGUGAAGGAGAAAGGAUAAAUGUGAAGGACCUGUCUGCUCUACUCAGCUCUGAUUCUCAGAUAUCGCUGGUUGAUACACGUCCACCUGUAGAAUUUGGUAUAUGCUCAUUACCAGGGUCCAUCAAUAUACCACUUCCAAGUAUCCUCAAAGACCCAUCUUCCAUCCCAUCAACAGACGAGGUCAUAUUCCUCUGCAGAAGAGGAAAUGACUCGCAGAUAGCGGCUGAGGCUCUGCGUAAGAUCUCGGGUGAGAAGAGGAUAAGGGAUGUGAAAGGUGGAUUGAGAGCUUGGAGUAGGGAGAUCGAUCCUGAGUUUCCUGUUUAUUAG